AAAUAUUUAUUUCUGUUUCGGUGGCAAACUGGAACGUGUUGUCCUCUUCUGAGCUCUGAGAGGAAUCAAUAAGUAGUAUCCGCAAGUACAGAGAUUUUGACUCCUGCACUCACCACUCUCACUCUGUUCUACUCUCUUCCUCAUCUCAGCGGAUCUGUAUCACUCUUCCAGGGCCGUCGAAUCAAUGUGUACAAAUGGUCUCUCUCUUUUUUUUUUUUGUUAUUGAUUUUGAUUCAUUUGGCAUUAACGUAUCCAGUUUUUCGCUUUUAGGAUAUGGGAUUUUUGUGUUGAUUAAUUUGACCUAUCCCAGUGUUAAUUUAGGUUUGGGUUGCUGUUAAUAUUGUGUGAUUAUAAGUUUCAUAGGAACUGUGAGUUUUGAACAGGUUUUAUGUAUUUUUAGGUGAUUCUGACAGCGACAUCGAAUCCACCAGUAAGGGUGAAACUAGCUUAAAUUUGCACAAUGUGGUUAGCUCAAAAUCCCAGCAAGAGAUGGGGCGAAUUGUUCUUUCUGUUGUACACACCAUUCUGGCUGACCCUUUGCCUCGGCAUUGUUGUUCCAUAUAAGUUAUAUGAGACAUUUACAGAAUUCGAGUACCUGGUUCUUGGGCUUAUUUCAGCAGUACCUGCUAUUCUUCUACCAGUUAUAUUUGUAGCUAAGGUAAUCUCUGCAUAAAUUCUGGUUAAUUUGUUGAUUUCAGUUGCAGUAGUUGUCAUAAUGAGAUUCAGGACUGGCAAUUUUAUGGACUAUGUCAAUGUCCUUGUCUACUCUCAUGAAAAUUGCUUGCAUUACAAGUGUGUGCAUGGUUCACUCCUUUUCAUCCCAACAGUACAUAACAUUAAAUCACGUCCCAAUUCCAUAUUCCGUCUUUCCAAUUUUUGCUGAUUAUAUGUAAUUAUUGAGUAUUUUUUAUAUUGUAAAUCAAUUGAUGGGCACAGUUGAGUCGAUGGACUCACGAAGGAUCAGUGUUGGGAGACUGAUUCUGUGCAUUGACAAAAAGAGAGUCAAAGAUGAGGAUGUUGACCCUGAUUUAUGGUCACACUACAAAGUAAAUAACUAUGUUCCAGAAAGAAAGUGGGCUGGUAUGUAUCAGCAUAAUAUCUUUAAAUUGACAAGAAUGAUAUUUAGAAAUACAUAUUAUAAGAUGCAAAUGGGGAGAGCUAAAAGAUUAUGAGACAUACAGACAGAAGGAUAUGAUACCCUUAAACUCAAGAAAAUGUAUAUAUUCUGAAAAUGUGAGACCGGGAUAGGAUGCAGCCAAACCAACAGUGUCAUAGAAAAUUUGUUGCUGAACCGUAUAGCUAAAUUCCAGCACUGAAUGUAUACGACCAGAAUCAUGUGGAUUGAAAUUAUUUCCAUUCUUUGUUACGGUAUUCGAUUAGUUUACGUUGACCCAAGCACACUAACUUUGGUUUGUAUGUUAAUUUUGCAGGCUGAUAGGAAUGUUUCUUGGAGCAGUCGAUAUUGGGUAAAGGCUAAUCUCUGGAUAGGAAUUUUUAGUUAUGUUGGAAACUACUUUUGGACUCAUUACUUCUUCAAAGUAUUGGGUGCUUCAUAUACCUUUCCGUCAUGGAGGAUGAAUGAUGUGCCUCAUACAACUUUUCUUCUUGCUCAUGUCUGCUUUUUGUUUUACCAUGUUAUAUCCAACAUUACUCUUCGUAGAUUACAGCAUUCCAUUGCUGAUUUACCUGAGAGGAUUCAGUGGGUAUUUAAGGCUGGCUGGAUCUUGGCUCUUGCUUAUUUCAUCGCAUACCUAGAGACAGUAGCUAUUGCUAAUUUUCCGUACUAUACAUUCAUUGACCGAGAAUUAAUGUACAAAGUGGGCUCCUUGUUUUAUGCAAUUUAUUUCAUUGUCAGCUUCCCAAUGUUUCUCCGGGUUGACGAGAAGCCUGGUGAUCCAUGGGAUUUGCCCAGGGUGGCAAUUGAUGCUUUGGGGGCUGCAAUGCUUGUCACCAUUUUACUCGACUUGUGGCGCAUUUUCCUUGGACCAAUUGUCCCCAUGUCUGGGAGCCAACAGUGUCUUCAACAGGGACUGCCUUGGUUUGCAGAACAGAGUCAGCAAUUUUGAACCUGAUUGAGAAAAUCCAAUCAAGUGAGUUAGAUCCCUGAGACCCUGACUAAUCUUAUUUGCAGGCCCUUCUCCAAUUUGUUGUAACACCACAUGUGUCAUGUAACUUCUUGUAUCCUUUAUUGUGACAAAACAUUGCCAGUAGAACUAGAAGUCCAAAAGAGGUGCCAUAUUUUUGUAAACUGUUCGUUAUGGUAUCUUGAUUCGCUGUUGAUAACAUGGAUUAUCUGUUGCCUGCUGCAUGAUUGCAGAUGAUUCUAUGUAUGACUACUUAGGAAAUUCGGUGUAUGUUCAUUGAGGUUUUUGAGCGUGAUGGUUCUGAAGUACUUCAUUACAUAAGUUGACGCUAGUUUACUUUUCUGGAAACCCUCUACCACUAGAGUUGAAAUUCGUCUCUGCAAACAAAUCAAAUUGUG